AUGGACGGGAGCCCGGAGGGGCCAAACCUGGAGCUGUCAGGGCGGGCCGACAGCGCUAAAGGACCAGUCGACAUGGGGCACCCUGUCUCUCGUGGCGCCAUCCCCCAAGGCUCGACGGCCGCCCGCGAUUGGCUGGCCAGGGGCAUUAAGGAUUCCACCCUGGCUCUGGAUGCAGCGCUAGAAGCCUGGCCAAUGGGCCGUCUCAUUUGCUGCUUGCCGCCGGCGCUCAGGGAGGCAACUCGCCUGCAGCAGCUCGCUACUAUGUAG